AUGGAAAACCCUCCCACUGCACGAGGAAGAUCGGGACGAACGGAACGAACAGUAUCGCCCAAGGCUUCCAACAACAAGCCUAGCAGGGACAUUGCCAAGAUGCGCGCACAUGUCAGCCACCCUCCCAUGAAGUCCACCAGUACCCGAAACCUUACGAAAAAGAAGUCGUCGAGUACUUCGAGUACUACUACUACUACCAGCAGCAGCAGCAGCAGCAAGAAUCGCAAGUCCAGGUCUCUGAGCCCCACCCCCAAAAAGAUCCGCGCCUUGCGACGCACAUGGACCAUGCAGAAUGAUGCGGACUUGUCCUCCUGCAGUGCGACCAGUGCGUCCAGUUGCAGCAGCAGCUGCAGUUUCCACACGAAGAUUGACAUUCCCGCAGCUCCACCAGGUCCGCCCAUUCUCAAGAACGCCGACGAUUCGACUGUUGUUGUUACGCGACAACGUCGACGACAGCACCGCCGCGUCGAAUUUGACAUUACCGAAAUUCGAGAACACGCCAUGAUUCUCGAUGAAGGCAACGAAGAUGGACCUGCCAUGCUCACUAUUGAUUGGGAAUGUCAAAACACGACCGUUACCACGGUACAAGAGUACUACCUGGAACGCUCCAUGGACCGUGGCCCCGUACGAGCCAUGGAACCCACCGAACGAGCUGCCAUUCUCAUUCGAGCCGGAGGAUGCAUGGAUGUUGCCUACUUGACCCAGAAUCUGGCAUUGACCGAGUCGCAGCACCUUUGUCUCACAGGAACAACAACAACAACAACAACAAAGCAUGCCAAAACGUUGCAUCCCAGCUGCUCAGGAGGAGGAGAAAAGAAGAAAAAGGGAUACUUUUCCAAAAUGAAAAAAGCGGCCAAGGUGGCCGUUUAUGGGAAGACACCAAAGGAAGUCAAUAGUACGGCGAGCCAGUAA